UGUGCGAGCAAUCAGGCUGAGUCCGUUCAGUUAUAGCGACCACCUUUCCAAUCAGAGUCCCAGGUGUCCGACCAACGUUAGAAAGGCGUUGGAAGCUUCGUUUCAGUCAUCACUCGCUAAACAGGCAGCAGCACGACUGAGGACUGAGCUAUAUAUAUAUAGCAGACCCUCUGGGUGUUUGUUCCAUCAAAUUCAAGACUCCCAAGAUCCAUCCAUCCAACAAUCAUCUCAAGCCACACAAUCUCUCGAUCAGAAAUGGAAGGCCAGAACACUUGCGAAGCAGCAGUGUUGCCGGUGAGCACGCUCAGCGAGCCUCUCCUCGUGGGGAAAGCCGCUGACCUGGCCACCGCCGGCGACGACCUCGAGGCGCAGCUCACCUCGUACCGCGCCACCGGCGGCGCGUCCUUCUCCAGGACGUGCCUCAACCUCACCAACGCCGUCUCGGGGAUCGGGGUGCUGUCCAUGCCGUACGCGGUGGCGCAGGGCGGGUGGCUCAGCCUGCUGCUCUUCGCCCUCGUCGGCGCCGUCUGCUACUACACCGGCACACUCAUCGAGCGCUGCAUGCGCGCCGACCCUGGCGCCAUCGCCAGCUACCCGGACAUCGGCAAGUUCGCCUUCGGCGCCGCCGGCCGGAGGGCCAUCGCCUUCUUCAUGUACGUGGAGCUCUACCUCGUGGCCAUCAGCUUCCUCGUCCUCGAGGGCGACAACCUCGACAAGCUCUUCCCGGGCUCCAGCGUCCACCUCAUGGGCAUGGGCGGCGGCUACAGGCUGCAGGGGAAGCAGCUGUUCAUCGCUCUGGCCGCCGCCGUCGUGCUGCCCACCACAUGGCUCAAGAACCUUGGCGUGCUCGCCUACGUCUCGGCGGUCGGGCUCGUCGCGUCGGCGGUCCUGACGGCGUCGCUGGUCUGGGCCGGCGUGGCCGAGACCGGCGGGUUCCGCAGGAACAGCACCAGCGUCCUCAACCUCGGCGGCCUGCCGACAUCGCUGGGCCUCUACUUCGUCUGCUUCACCGGCCACGCCGUGUUCCCCACGAUCUACUCCUCCAUGAAGAACAACAGGCGCUUCUCCAAGGUGCUGCUCAUCUCGUCGGUGCUGUGCAGCGUCAACUACGGGCUGACAGCGGUCCUGGGCUACAUGAUCUACGGCGACGACGUGCAGUCGCAGGUCACGCUGAACCUGCCGUCGGGAAAGCUCUAUACCAAGGUCGCCAUCGUGACGACACUGAUCAACCCGCUGGCCAAGUACGCGCUGCUGGUCGCGCCGAUAACGGCGGCGAUCGAGGAGAGGUUCUCCCUUCCUGCUGGGAGCACGCCGGCGAGGGUGUCCAUCAGCACCGUGGUGGUCGUCAGCACGGCGGUGGUGGCCUCCACGGUGCCAUUCUUCGGCUACCUCAUGUCGUUCAUCGGCUCGUUCCUGAGCGUCAUGGCGACAGUCAUAUUUCCCUGCCUCUGCUUCCUCAAGAUCUACAGAGCCGAGGGGAUCCGUCGUGCCGAGGUCACGGCGAUCGUCGGAAUCCUGAUGAUGGGCGUGUUCGUAGCCGUCACGGGCACCUACACUUCUCUGCAGCAAAUUAUAAGCGCUUUCUAAGGAUUUAUAGUUAUAGCUAGUGCUCUGCUCUCACAAAGACUUCAUUGACGUAAAGUGCUCCAAGAAACGGAGCGUGCAAAUUUUUCAACAACUUGUACUAAGUACUAACCUUGAAUUGAUUAUGGAAUUAAUUAAUACUCCCACCGCCGUGAAA